AUGGCGCCCGACCUCCAGUCCAGCAAGAUCGCCUUCAUCGGCGGCGGCAACAUGGCGGCCGCCAUCAUCGGCGGUCUCCUGGCCAAGUCCAUCUCGAAGCAGCACAUCACCGUCGCCGAGCCCUGGGAGGUCAACCGCGACAAGAUGGCCGCCCUCGGCGUCAACACGACGACCUCCAACGCCGACGCCUUUGCCGACGCCGACAUUGCCCUGCUCGCCGUCAAGCCCCAGGUCGCCAAGGGCGUGUGUGAGGAGCUCGCCGCCGCCGUCGCCGGCCGCGACCGCCUGCCCGUCGUCGUGUCCAUCGCCGCCGGCAUCACCCUCGACGCCCUGCAGAAGUGGCUCACGCUGCCCGACGGCAGGGUGCCCCACGUGGCGACCGAGUGGGUGGACAAGGAGGAGCUCAUUGACGUCGUCACCGGCCUCUCUGGCUCCGGCCCCGCCUACUUCUUCGCCAUGGUCGAGCACCUCAUCGCCAGCGCCGUCGGUCUCGGCCUGUCCCCCGAGCAGGCCAAGCGCCUCGCCGCCCAGACGUGCCUUGGCGCCGGCAAGAUGCUCGUCGAGUCCCCCGAGGCGCCGAGCCAGCUGCGCAAGAACGUCACGAGCCCGAACGGCACCACGCACGCCGGUCUGCAGAGCUUCGAGGCCUCGGGCUUUGCCGAUGUCGUCGACAAGGCCGUCAAGGCUGCGACGGCGCGAGGCGAGGAGCUCGGCAAGACGCUAGGCAACCAGUGA